AUGAACGUUUCAACAUUUGAUUCAUGCAAGGCUAUAGAGGAGGCUGCAAGAAGAAGGAGUGAUGAGAGCAUGCUGUUGAAGAUUUCAGGAGUUGAUUUGAUUGCUGAGGAGGCCAAGUAUCGUAAACACUGCCGCUCCCAAUAUGUAAAUAAAUCCAACCUAAUGUUUGUUGACUUUCGAGUUGAUGGGGAGGAAGAUGUCUACACCCAAGCGUUCCAAAACCUGAGAGAGGACAUCAAACCUGAGUUAGAAUCAGGAGUGGCCCUUGAUAUGAAAACCCUCUUGGACUCUUACCAGGGAAUUUUGCAACACCUUGGCUGCAACACGGCAAAAAGUUACAAGUCAGAGAGGUUAAAACGCAGACUGCAACAAAGUUUUCAAGAGGAAAUUGUCUUUCAGAAGCUACCGGAUCCCUCGAAGCCAGAGUUGGUUUACUCUAGCUCUGUAUCUUUGCAGGAUGUCAUCAAUUCAGCCCCUAAGAAAAGUUGCCAUUUGGCUAAAAUGUCAGCGUCUUCUGAAGAUAAAUCCUCAAACAGCCAGGGUCAGAAUGAUGUCAAUUCCACACUAUACCACGCCGCUCAAAUACUGAGGUCAAGCAUACGGAGUGAAAGCAAAAGUAUAGGGAUCCAACCUGUUGAUGUGGAGGACAUCAGGGCCUGUAAAGUAAAGAGUUUAAUGCCUAAAGAUCUUUACAAUUUUUUGUGCUUGAUGAUCUCGAAUCCAGAUAAAGUUGAUGUAUUUGCUCCGACUGCUUCCAAUGCCGCAGAUGAGCAACAUAUUUUAGCAAUUUCACAAGAUCUAAUAUAUGCAACAACUCAUGGUCGCGUGAAGACCCCUAAGCACAUUGGUUUGGCGAUGUCUGUUCGCCAUAUGACAGGUUCAAAGCACCUGGUAACGAUGUUAAACAGAUUCGGUCACUGCUGUUCUUAUGAUGACAUAGAAGUAGUUGACACUAGCCUAGCAUGAGACAUUAUAGCCAGCUCAGAAAAUCUGGGUGCUGUUGUUCCAUCUAACAUUUCACCAGGAGUGUUCGUUCAAGUCGCGGGAGACAAUAACGUUAUCAAUGAGGAGACACUAGACGGCAAGCAAACUACUCAUGCCACUACACUUGUCCUGUACCAAAGACAGCAACAAGGACCAAAACCGAAACCUGAAGUUCGUCCUGCUCAUUCAGAAAAACGACGGUCUCUUAACAUCUCAGAUGCAAAUCCACCCCUGUUGGAGUUUGGUGCUUGUGGCAAGCGGCCUGCGGUAACCUUUUACAAAGACAAAAUGGAAAAAGAGUGGUUUCAGUCGUCAAGCUCGCUCUGUACCACUGCAAUUCAGAUGGAUUUUGGUUGGUUUUUAACACGUCUGUGUACCCACCAGUUGUUUAGUGAAAAUCUACAUAACCGUGACGGCGAAGUUUUUCAGCCCUUGCCAAGUGGGAGUGGGUUUAACGCAGAGAUAGCAAGUGAGCCUCCACCCUUGACCUCCGUUGGUUACUGUCCAAUGAUCAAUGGUUCACCUACUGAAUACAGUACAGUUUACACUGCCAUGAAGAACGUCCAAGCAAUGAUGGAUGUACUACACCAGAAGCACAGUGUAAUUACGUUUGACCUGGCAAUCUACAUGAAGGCCAAAGAGAUUCAGUGGCGACGGCCUGAAGAAUUUAAGAACACAGUGAUCCGAAUGGGAGGUUUUCAUAUAGCAUUAAACUUCGUCUCAGUUAUUGGAAAGAUUUUCCAGGACAGUGGCAUUGAAGACCUGCUAAUAGAAUCUGGUGUGUAUGGAUGCCACACGGCAUCUAUGCUAUUGAAGGGAAAGUCAUACAACAGAGACGUGCGUGCACAUAAGCUUGUUCUCGAAGCACUACUGAGACUGCAGUGGCAAGCAUUUGGAGCUUGGAUGGAAGCUGAGGACGUCGAGCUCCCAACAGUAUAUCAGCGCCAGUGUUUAUCUUUAAUAAACUGUUGCCAAAGAGAAAGUAAUGAUGUAGCCUCUCUGAAGAGCUCAUUCGGUCUUCUCUGCGACAAACUCCCACAACUUCAACAACUUUUCGCGAGAUUCUGCACAGAAGCUAGUCAGCAGUCUAAACUAUUCCAGUUCUGGAAUAUGUAUAUUGACAUUGUUCUAGUGCUGUUGCACUUCAUUCGAGCUGAACGAGAAGGAUCAUGGAAACUUCAUUUGAAAGCCGUUGCAGAAAUGGUACCGUACUUCUUUUCAAUGGAUCGCAUCAACUAUUCCAGGUAUGUGGGCAAUCGAUUUAUUCUGAUUAUCUUUUUUCAUAUCUUUCAGAUUGACCGGAAAUUGUGCAUCAGUACUAAAGAACAGUAGCCUAAUUGAACUUUAAUAGAGUGAUCGCUACGAGGAUUAGAGGUCUUAUAUGAUAAGGAUUUGUAAUAUGAUAAGGAUUUGUAAGGAUUUACUCCCCUUUGCUUCGAAAUCAUGCGUUUUGUUUAAGACUGAAUUAUAAUAUAUCGAACUUAUUACGGGAUUUAGUCUUUACCCCAAGUGGUGAACGCGUUUGUUCAAACGCAUGAAGAGAUCUACACAUUAUCAUAGGAUGUUACCUUAUUAUGCGGUUAGCUUUAACUUUCUCACUUACCCGGCCCCUUCUUACGUUUCUCUUAUUUUGACCUCCUCCUCCAAUAAAUUGCAGGUGGCUCCCAAUCUACUUGGCUGAUAUGCAGCUGCUUCCCACUCACGCUCCAGAAGUUUACUAAGAAUUCCUAAAUGGAAACCACCCAGAAAGUAGAUCAAGUCAACCCUUUAGCCAAGUUUGGACUGACAUGGCCUUGCAACAAACCAUCUCGACAGCAAGUCUAGAGGAGGUAUUGUUGGCUUGACACAAAAUGCUUCGGCACUAGACAGAUGGUUUAUAACAAGUCACAAGAGAGCUGAGCUAACUGCUGCAACCAAGCGCCUUUGCAACCUUGAAGACUCUGACAAGAUUGGGACUCACAAGGAGGCAGGUUCCCAAAGAGUAAAGAGGGAUGAAAACGAUGUUCAGCGGCUGAUUAACACCAUUACUGAUACCAUGUCAAACCCUUUUGAUUUGAGUGAGGCAUCGAAGGAAGACCCAGUUCAAUUACGAAACAUCGCCACUGGACUCGUUAUGCCACAUGACGAGGCAGAGCAGCUCGUUGACUGUUUCAGCACAGGAGCAGAAGAAGCAAAGAAAUUUAGGAGACAAAGAAUGGGCAGUGAUGAGGUAUCCUUUUGGAGCAAGAUAUCGAAAUUGAAUUUGAAAACAUUUGCUUCUCUGGCAAAAACAAAUCAAAUCAAGUGCGCAGACGAGAAGAUCAUCACUAUUUCAGCUGACAGAAAUUUGUUUGGAAGACUUCUAAUUGCCUCAAAGUGUCGUGACAUUGAUGUGAAAGAGGUCCUGAGAUAUGAACUGUCCACCGUGCCCUUUGUAUUGGCACAUGCAGAUGGUGCUUUGCGGAAAACUACAAAAAGUGUUGAGGUUGAACGGGAAUGUCAAGCACAAGGAAGACUUCCUGAAAAAGCACUAUCAACUGCAUUCAUUUUUGAUGCAAUGGCUCUUGUCCAGACGUUCAAGUCUGCAGGCUCCCGCACAUUCAAAGACCUGGCUGAAAGAUUCUUUAAUGUGCUCUUCACACCUCUACGACAAGGUCAGUGCAGAAGAGUAGAUGUUGUCUUUGACCGCUAUGAUGUUCAAGAGUCCAUAAAGGAAAGUGAAAGAGUUAGGAGGGGUUCAAGCAGAGCUCUUGAGAUCCAAAUCCCAAACAAGCAUACACCAGUUCCAAAGCAAUGGGGGAAGUUCAGGGCUGUCAAUAAGUUUUGAAGUAGCCAGCAGCUUUUGGAAAGUAGGCGUCAGCCUACUUUCCGAGCGCCGAAGGCGCGAGCCUCCUAGGGGGGUCUGGAGGCAUGCCCCCCCCAGAACAUUUUGAAAUUUAGAUGCUCGGAAAUGCUAUUUUCGACGUUUUCCUGACAGUAUUUGGGCCCUAAAGAACAAUCAAAAUAAGACUAUAUUAACCAUAUUUUAUGUUUAUAACAACUAUUCUUGUUAAAAGUUCAACCACUUGUACUGGCUUUAAAAAAGAGCAAAAUGAUAUAUCUUCAAAAAAGACAUUGAAUGUUUUAAGUUCUCAUAGCCAUUGUCCUUUUAACUCUGCUCUUUGGCGAACUGGUGUACACUUAUUGGUAACAAUACUGAAAGCUAAAGAGUCAUUUAUAUUACAACCAUUCUUUUUCACAAAAAUUCAACCACUGACGUUUAGAAAAAAGAAUCAGAAAAUACAUCUCAAGAUACAUUUCGAAAUACUGAUUAAAAAAUACUUUCAAUGUUUUAAGUAAAGUUCAUGUUGUCAUGUGACAAUACUGAAAGCUGAAGUAUAAUCCUUAUUACAACCAUUUUUUCUUAAAAAUGCAACUUCUGACUUUUAGAAAGAACGAAAUAAGACAUAUCAUGUUCAAGUACUAAUUAAAAAUUAAAAUACAUGUCCUUUAGCUUUUCACUUUUCCUUUUGAGCAUGUCCUCUGUUCCUUUGGGGACCUGGUUUUGAAGUAAUUAAAGUAAAGUUACUGUUAGUCGUCCAUAUCAGACUCAAAUGCACUGUCUGACGACAAUGACAGAUCAAGUUCCUUUGCAAGUUCCUCUUCAAGUUCCUCUUCUUGCUCUCGGGUGGAACAGGAUGGUUCCCCUUGGUCUGAACUUGGCAUGCUCUCAACUUCUUGUGUUCCGCUGCCUCCUCCUUCUUCUUCUCCUUCCUCCACUUCAUCCUGGUUGUUUUGUGCAUUUUGUGCAUUUGGUUGCUGAAGACAAGACCGUGACAGUUUUUUUCUCUUCUUCUUCUCCUUCCAUAACUCCACUGCCUUGUUAAUCACAGCUUCAGAUUCUUUUACUGGUGGCCCAUUUAUGGCAAUAUGAAGCAGACUUUCGAGCAUCUCCUUCUUCAGGGAAUUUCUCAGCCGUGUUUUUAGGCGUUUUAGGGCACUGGCCCCCCUUCCUGGCCAUGCAUUAGAAACAGGCAUAGAGAGGCAGAUUUCUGCCACUUGUAACAGCAAGGGAUAACUUCUGCUGUAGGAUUCUUUUUGUCUUAGGAACCUCUGUAGGGCCCAUUCUGUGGAAGUUGCAGAAGGUGAAGGAAUAGCCUGGUAGUCCUUACUCCAGUCGGACAGCUCAUACUUGAAGUUGUUCCAUUCAGCUUCCAGUUUAAGGCGUUUGCUGCUGUUUUCAUCUCCACUAAAAAAAGUGAUUUGCAAGGGUUUGAUGUCGUUUUGUCCAUAUCCUACAAACUCAGGGUUUGCAAUAGGCAUGGAAAGUGGAUCAAAGAUACGGAAGGAUGAAACGACUGGCAAAGAGUGCUGGAAGCGUUGGUCUAUAUUGUCUGUCAAGGCUGUCACAUAUUGGGAGCAUAGGUCGUGCAUCUUUGCCUCUGUCUUUGUUAUCUCAUCUUCACUGAACUCAAGGCAAGCAAGUUUUCCAGUUGUUGUCUCCUUUCGGAACUCUUUGACAGUGAUGUUUUCUUGAACAAGCUUGUUUAGAGAAUCUUUAGAUGCUUUGAUGGCAGGGGAAAUACGAGAAAAAGAUAUGGACCCCUUUUGAAACACCUUACUAAGAAUCGAGAGCACAGGCAGAAUACCUUUUAAGAUAUACAGAACACCAAUAAAAUCAGGUUUCUUCAACUUCUUAAGGAGGCCUAUAGCCGUAGGGUUAGAGUCCUUGUUCUGAUACCAUCGCAAGGUCUGAAGAAGGGCUGGCAAGUUUCGACACACACUCUCCACAGAUUUAUCCAGAGAUAGCCAUCUUGUUCGGCAUGCUUUCUGUACCUUUGUUGCAAGUUUUUCUUUGCUCUUUUCAGACAUGCUGUCAAGUUUCUUCAUCUCAGAGGAAGUUUGCACAUAAACUGCUGACCUUGCUGCUGAGUUUUCAAAGAAACUCCAGAGCUGCCGAAGGACAGUUUCUACUUGCGAUAUUUGGGUCAGGUUGUCAUUUGCAUCAUUGCAAGCAAGGGCGAGGCGGUGGCAGAUACAGUGGAUGUUAAUCAGAGUUGGGACUGUUUCCCUCAGCUUGGCUGCUACCCCAUUGCGAGAGCCUGUCAUGACACUUGCCCCGUCACUGGCUAGACUACCGAGCUUAGUGAUAUCCAAGCCAUCGUUUGACAAUUCUUCCUUGAUAAGUUUUACAAUGGUCGCUGAAUUUGCAGAUGUCGAGCUUUCAAGCACAUUCUGAAUUGACAGAAAAUGGACUUCUGGUGCACCUGUCUCUGGGUUAGCAAACUGUAUAAAAGAAAUCAGCUGCUCAACCACAGAGACAUCGGUGGCUUCAUCCACCAUCAGGCCAUAGCUGUCUGCGUUCUUUACCUUCAUUAGCAUUUCAUCCUUCAAAGCUUGGCCCAACAACAAAAACAAUUCUCGUUGUGAACCCUGAGAUCUGUGGGCAAAACGCUUUAUUUCAGAAACGCCAAGAAUUUCUUCCAGUUCCAACAAAGAUGUGAACUUGCGAUUAGCAAUCUCUUCUUUGGCCAACCAAUAUGCCGACAUGACGGCGUGGUGCAAUGCUGAAUCUUUUGUCUGUAACUGGGUUUCAAACUCUUUGUGAAAGAAUGACACUCGUUUAUUGAGCUCCCUCUGAAUGGCUAUCUCAUGUUGUUGUGAGCCACUGUGUCCAUCUUUUCCAAUCAGUGCACUCUUUUUAAAUCUUAUAGCAGGGACCUGGUUAAACUUUUUUUGAUGGUUGAAUGGAUUUUCACAAUCGUGCAUUCUGCACAGCAGGCAGAACAUACCAUUCCCUUCUUCAUAUACGAGCCACCACAAACCAGUCUUCUCACAAUAUCCAACACCUCUGUCAAGAAUCCACUCAUGCUUAAAACGACCAUCACAUGAUUUAUUACAACCCUCUUUGCAUUUAUAAAAAUAGUGAAGUUUUGGUGACUCUUGAAAAUACUGGCUUAUUAGCUCAAUUGCACGAGAAGUAGGAACAGAUUUAUUUGAACGAUGUGUUGGCUUGUUUACAGUGUCCACAGGGGCUGCUGCUGAAGAAAAAAAAGUAGCUAUAGUUAUUCUAAUUAUAUUUUUUACCACCUUAUGUGCUGGGGCAAAUAUUUACAAAUGAUUCAUACCAACUUCAACAUGAGCUUCACCAGUUUGAAGUGUACUUUCAUUACAUCCACCUCCAUUACCUGUAGUAUUUCGAAAAAAACACACAAAGGAAUUAUAAUAGAUAGGAUUUUGUUUAACUGUGACUGAAACUCUCUCACACCAAAAAAACUAACUACUGUCAGUACCUUCCAGUUCAGACGCCAACGAUCCAACAGGAAGACUUGUAUUAUCAACAGAACCCUCGCUUUCUGUCAGAAGAAUAAGCAAAUACUACAAGUCUAAAAGUUGUCUCUCGAAUUGACGAACUAAGCAGCUUGGCAUUUGAUAUUGUUUCAAUAUUUCCAGUAAAAGGAGCCAACAAAGUUUAAUACAAGGUAGUACAACAUUAAGCUUAAUGUUGAUUGCUGUAGUGACUAAUAACCCGGUUCAAAGAAAUCUGUAAGUGUGCUCUAAGCAUAUCAUGAUUUCAAUCGAAUUUCAGUGUUAAAAUCACAGAAAUACCAAGGUUUUUUCAAAAUGCUUGUAAUACACGCGAAAAUGAAUAAAAACGUCCUUACCUUUGCUUUGUUCACUCGAUGAAGAAUGAAAAAAUGUGCUCAGCAAUGUCUGCCUUGGUUUCUUUGGCGCGGACGCCAUCUUGGCACAUGCGAAAGCCUGGGUUCUAGUCUUGUGAAAAUGUCCAAGGCGUUCCAUACGGUUCGCGUUCCACAACCCUUUGAUCUUCGACGCUUUUACUUCUACCGAAAGGUUAACACGUUAAAACUCUGGAAAUGUGGCCUUUACUUUGGCUCAGACGUUUUGCAAUUACUUUUGCGGGAUCUUUUUAUUAUUUUAAGCUGGUUUCUUGCUGGAUUCUGUUCUGUAUUCAAAAAUGUUCCAGGCAUUCAACGACCCUUCGAUCAACUUCCAUCACGAAUCAGAAAGGUAAACACGUUUAAAACUCGUUAAAAUGCGACUUUAUUUUGACUCAGACGUUUGAGGUGGAUGUCUCUUUUUCUUAUUUUAAGUUUCUUACCAAAAUUAACAGUAAAAUGAGACGAAAGUAGCCGGCCAAAGGUUGGUCAGUAGCCGGCUGUUUCGGCCGGCUACCGGCCCUUAUUGACAGCCCUGGAAGUUUAUCAGUAACCAGAAUAACAAGGUUAACCUUUCCAGAUUUUUCUGCCGAGAGUGGUGCAGUCUGGGUGAAUAA